AUGGAUGAAUUACAUCCACUUUUCAGGAGUGAUGUACCUUCUACCAAUGAGUUGAGAUCUAAUGAUAUAUACUCAGCUCUCGUUGAAAUCUCCACUCAAAAGAGUCAGAAUACUUCAAAAAAUAAUGCAAGGUUUCAUUCGUCAAAAGCGGAUAAGAACUUAUCUGAAGUCUCAGUAAUUUCAAAAAGUAUUAAUAAAAAAUACAAUUGUGAGAAACACAUAAAAAGCAGGUAUAAGCGUCAUUUAAACAAAAUAAAGGCAACAAAAUUAAAUAUGGAACAGGAAAAGAGACAAGAAAUUCCUGAUAACAUUAGUACUGAAGACCAUUCAAAUACCAAUGAUAUUAAUAAUGAUAAAGAAGAAAGGGAAUUUGCUGAAAUGGAACUCUGUAUGUCUAUUUGGUCUAGCAAAAAUGUACUUUCAGGGUAA